AUUGAUGUCACACACCUAACAGAAACCCUCAGAAGCUCCAGCGAAGCGAGUUCCGUCUUUGUUUUCUCCAGGCGAAGAAUGGCGUCGUUUGAUGAAGCACCACCAGGAAACUCCAAGGCCGGAGAGAAGAUCUUCAGGACCAAGUGUGCUCAGUGUCACACCGUCGACAAAGGCGCCGGUCACAAACAAGGACCGAACCUAAACGGUCUGUUUGGAAGACAAUCUGGGACAACAGCUGGUUACUCUUACUCUGCUGCUAACAAGAACAAAGCUGUCGAAUGGGAAGAGAAGACCUUGUACGAUUACUUGCUCAACCCCAAGAAGUACAUUCCUGGAACGAAGAUGGUCUUCCCUGGGCUCAAGAAGCCCCAAGAACGUGCUGAUCUCAUUGCCUACUUGAAGGAAGCUACUGCUUAGUGGGACUACAUGAUCAUGACUUUUUAGUCUUCUCUGAUCAAGAUAUUCUUUUGACAAAUAAAAUCUCCAAACUUUUGUUUUUGGUUUUUGGAAAUGCUCUCCUCAUCUUCAAUUACACGUUUUGGUGGGGGAAAUUUGGUUGUUUGAGUUCCAAAUGUACUCGAGUCCUUACAUUUUCUGAGGCUCAUUCAUAUAAAAUGCAUCUAUCUAGAAGCACUUUCUUUCCUAUCAA